ACAGGCAACCAUGUUAAAUUAUGCAUCUAAAAUAUGUCUUGCGCCUAUGGUCCGUAGUGGAGAGUUGCCUAUACGGUUAGUCUCUUUGAAAUACGGAUGCGAUUUGGUAUGGACUCCGGAAAUUGUCGACAAGAAACUCAUCACCUGUGUAAGAACCGUAAAUCCGAGUUUAGGCACCAUUGACUAUAUCGAAUCCAAGAAUCAGAGUUUGACAUUCAGGAAACAUCCGCUUGAAGAUGGCAAGUUAGUGUUGCAACUUGGCUCAAGCAAUGCCGACCUAGCCGUGGAAGCAGGGUUGAAAGUUAUUAAUGAUGUCGAUGGGAUUGAUUUGAAUUGUGGAUGUCCCAAACAUUUCUCGAUCCAUUCAGGAAUGGGUGCUGCUUUGUUACGCACACCCGAUGUGUUAUGCGAAAUUCUCACAGCAUUAGUUGAGAAAGUUGGCCGUCCAAACAAUAAACCUAUAAGUUGUAAAAUCAGGUUAUUGCCAGAAUUUGAAGAGACAAAGACGUUAGUGGAGAGGAUAUGUGCUACCGGUAUCCUGAAUUUAACAAUACAUUGUCGUACACCUAUAAUGAGAAACCGUCAAGAUCCAAUAUGGAAUUAUUUGCCCAAGCUUAUUCCUAUAAUUCAAGAUUCUGGCGUAAAUGUCAUUAUUAACGGGAACAUGCAAGGUGUCAAGGAUUUGGCUAGUUUGCAAACAGCUAUGAAGAAUGACCAAGUGGGAAUUAUGAUAGCUGAAGCGGCAGAAGCUAAUCCUUCUGUAUUUUCCGAAGCUCCUCGAUUACAAAAACAAAUAGUGAAAGAUGUUUUCGAAGCGUGUAAAAAGUAUCACUCAUUCAGUGGGAGUAAGUUCUUGAUUCAAAACAUGGUCCAUGGAAAGUCAAAGUACUAUCAAGAACUAUGCCGUACAAAAACAUUUGCAGAUAUGGAGGUAUUGAUUGAGCGUAUAAUUGACGACACUGAAGAUGCAAAAAUGAAUAGAAUUACUAAUCGAAAUUCACAAAAGUUUAAUAGUUAUACGUUGGAAGAGUAUAAUGAACAUAUGAACAAACGAGGGGUGCUAAUGCACCAAUUCUUUGAUAACUGGAGAGAAGAAGAAAUGUUGAAGAGAUUGAAUGAUGAUCCUAAGAAGGAAGUUAAGAGGGUUAAAGUAAAUUCGGUUGAUGUUAAUAAACGGGUUAAAAUAGCGAGCUAGAUAGAAUAUUAAUAGACAAAAACUACCACUUCGUAGUCUACAAGGUGAUUUCGUGAAAUUUAUAUUUACUUGCUACGGCAAGGCUGCUCAUUUUGUGAGCAAUAUAUACAAGUCUAUACCAAAGCUUGAGGUUCAGUAUUUGAAUUAAAUGCUCUCUUUAUACCACACCAAGCACCAGCACCCAAUGCCAUCAAUGCAGAAGCAUAAAACAUAGGCUUAACACCAGCACUACUCUUGAACAAGGCACCGGCAAGGGCACCAGCAGCCACAGAAUUGUAAUCGUCGUGUUUAUCUCUUAUGGCAUCGAUGGAUGAGUCAAUCAAGUUGUAAGUUAAUGCCAAGACACCGGCACUAUUACCCAAGAACGGUCCUCUCUUGGUGAUGUGAUUCAACACGGUGUUUAAUUUUAAUUUAGGUGGGGCGUUGGCAGGGAUGUUCUUGACCCCUUCUUGUAAACCAUAGGCACCACCAAGUCCAAGACCGAGUAAGUAAACGGCCCCGGUACCGUAACAUAAGUCGUCACUCCAUGAUCGAGAAGGGAUUAUACCUUGAGAGCCUUCAACAGCGUUAAGUUUUUCGUCUUCUAAAUCAAGAUAUUCUACUCCCUUUUCCAAUCCUGCUAAUGGGUGAAGUUGAGAUGCUGUGUAUAAGUUAGGUGAUUGGAUCAUGGCGUGGACGUCGGUGACUUCCUUAGGGUCAAAGCCAAGGGUUUGUUUAAGAGAAGCAUCAUCUGUUUGACUACUGCUUGAUUUUCCAAAUAACCAUGACAUAUUGAGUGUGUGUGUGUAUAUGUAUCUGUCUCUAUGAGUU